GUUAUUGUUGAACCUCCGGCGCCCAUCAGUCACCACACUCACGAACUCACCUCCUGUUUCUCGAUUCUCGUCACGGUUCUUGGGCGAGGAGUCGAUUUCGUGCCUUGUGUGUUGAUUCGGUUGUGAGUUUCCUCUUCCUUUGCGAUUCUCUGAGAUGGGUCUGGACGAGGAUUUCCAAGCGGCGGCCGCGGCUGCCAAGGAAUUGAAAACCAAGCCGUCGGACGACGACUUGCUGAUCCUGUAUGCAUUGUACAAGGUCGCCACUGUUGGAAAGGUCGACACCUCCUGCCCCGGCAUGUUCGACUUCAAGGGCAAGGCGAAGUGGAAUGCGUGGAAGAAGGCGGAGGACAAGUCCCCCGAGGACGCCAAGCGGGAUUACAUCCUUAAGGUGCAGCAGCUCCAGGAGGCUUGAAGAAGCAGAAGAAGAAGAUGAAGAUUUAUCUAGUUGCUCCUUCCUGAUGUAGACGAGGGUGGGUUUUGGUUUUUUGACUUGUUUGGUUUUUUGUAUGUUGCGACGGUGUCGGGAUCGACGACCCCCCUGAGGUGGCGGAGGCUGCGAGGUUGUGUAAAGUCACUGCAGCAGGGCCGUGGCCAUGGAUGGGUGCUUGUGUUGGGAAAUAAUAGUAGAUCAUUGAUGUGGGUGCUUGGAGAGAGUUGUUCUUCCAGCCAUCUUACGCAAUUUUACGAUUGACUCUAUUCAGUUGGAAAUUCGUAUCACUACAGAUUCUUCUCUCGA